AGUCGCCCCCUGGUGGACACUAGAGGGAAUGCAGCUUUAACACAUGAAGCUUUGGCUUCACUCGGUAGAAGAGAUGUUACUGCCUGGUAGCCACCAAUGUGAAAGAGAAACAUGAAACUUGAUUUGGUAGAAAUACAUUUUAGGGGUCGAGGAGGCAGUAAAGGAAAGAGUUAUCAGCUCUAGAGCACCGGAGCUGAUCGAGGACAAUCUGGUGAAUCAAACUUGAUAAUUAAUGUUCCUCACACAAGAUGAAUCUCAUCUUUCUUUCCUUUUCUUCAGGGCACUCUGAAUAUCAGCAAGCACCGGGCGCACAGCGAAGCCUCGAUCACGGCGGAGGGUUUGUCCAACAACAACUCAGAUCUGAGUUGGGGCGUGCUGGUGUGCAGCGCUAAGAACCGCAACCGGGCCGUGCACGGCGACGUGGUCGCGGUGGAGCUGCUGCCGAAGAGCGAGUGGAGAGGGAAGGACACGGCUCUGACUGAGGGUCAGGGCGAGGAGAAGAGCGGAGAGGACGGCGACAGGAAACCCAUGCCGACAGGCCGCGUCGUGGGGAUCCUGCAGAGGAACUGGAGGGACUACGUGGUCACUUUCCCCCCCAGAGAAGGACCUCAGCCCCAGAGCAGGAACUCCCAGCGCAUCCUGGUCGUCCCCUGGGACCACCGCAUCCCCAAGAUCCGCAUCAGCACCCAGCAGGCCGACGCUCUGCAGGACCACAGAGUGGUGGUGUGCAUUGAUUCCUGGGAAAGCACGUCGCUCUAUCCCAACGGCCACAGCGUGCGCGUACUGGGUCGGGCUGGAGAGCUGGAGACGGAGGUCCAGACCAUCCUCAUAGAGAACUGCAUCCACGUGCCCCCCUUCUCCGACGCACAGCUGAGGGAGAUGCCGGUGAACUCGCCCGAGAGGCCGUGGACGGUGGAUGCGGUCGAGGUGGCGGAGCGGCGGGACCUGAGGCGGAGUCACCUGGUGUUCAGCAUCGACCCGCAGGGCUGCGAGGACGUGGACGACACGCUGUCGGUGCGCAGCCUCGCCGGCGGGAAGCUGCUGGAGCUCGGGGUCCACAUCGCAGACGUCACCCACUUCGUCUCCGAGGGCUCGCUCACCGACCUGGAGGCACGGACGAGGUCUACAACGUACUACCUGGCCGACCGGCGCUACGACAUGCUGCCUGCUGUUCUCAGUGCAGACCUCUGCUCUCUGCUGGGGGGGGUCGACAGGUCAGUGAACGCCACGCUGGUUCUACUUGUGUUUCCUUAAUGAGCGGAUUACAAACAACAAUGAGACUUCAUAUAGAGAGGAGAUCAACAACCUGUCAGAGUGCAGCUCAGAGAACAACCUGCUGCUCAUCAGGAAAAACAAGCAGCUGAUUGUUUAUUUUAGAAAACAAAAGGAGGCGAAGACGCACACAUCUGUCUGCAUCACUGGAGCUGAGGAGGAGCAAGUUAACGACAUCACAAACAACCUGACGUGGUCCUCACACUCCACAUCUCCAUCCUGGUGAAGAAAGCUCAGAAAACCUAAGAAGUUCUUGUAAACGUUUAACAGAGGAGCAAUAGAAAACAUCCAAACAUGACAUGUUCAGGGCCCAGGACAGGAGGGCUCUGCAGUGGGGGAUUAAACCAGAACGUCAUUGGUUCUCACCUCCUGAGCAUCAGAGAUAUUGGUGACAAGAGGUGCCUGCGAAGAGCUCAAAGGAUUUAAAAAGAGAAAACCCACCAAAGAGAUGCAGAAGUAUCAGCUGCCGGACCACCGGACUUCAGAUCUGCUUCUUUCCUCUGGCUGCGAGACUCUUGAAUUCAUCCUCCACCCUUAUAUAUGAUAUAGUUGUUUC